GCAAGUCCUCAGGAACUACCGUUUCCUCCUCACCACCUCUCGCCCGGUUCGCUCUCGCGUUCCCCACUCCGUCGCGGCUACCAUCAGCAGGCUUCAUUCGGCCUGACUGGAGAGCAGAAUAGACUUCAGAAGCCACAGGCAGUCUGCACUGCAAUCGCAGGUGGCACUGCCUCAGGGUUCACCCUACUAGUAGUAGGGUCGCUCUGAGUCAGCCAAGAUGGCUGGCAGCAUGGCCGUGAAGAGCCUGAGUCUGAAGAGGGUGGCACUCCUGUGGGUCGUUGCAGCUGGCUUCUUCAGUGCGUCUGUGGCAGCCCAAAUAACCCUCAACUUGCUUUUUCUCAGGUGAACUGCCGUCCAGUGGGAGGAAUCGGCCUUCGAGGGAGUUGAGUGACAACUCCGGGGCGGGCUUGCUCAACGUGUUUCCAGCAGAAUCCUAUCUCAACGUCCUUGGCUUCAACCUGCCCCUGCCGCGCCUGCCCCAGCUGCCCUUCCCCUUCAAAGACAAGUUUCACAAGUUCAAGAAAUCGCCUCCUCCCCCCCCGCCCUCCCCUCCCCCUCCAUCCCCUUCUCCCCCUCCUCCUUCUCCUCCUCCCCCCAAGAAAAAGUCUCCUCCCCCUCCCAAGAAAAAGUCGCCCCCGCCUCCCAAGAAAAAGAGCCCUCCGCCUCCGAAAAAGUCCCCACCUCCCCCUGAGAAAAAGUCGCCUCCUCCCCCCAAGAUGAAAUCGCCCCCUCCCCCCAAGAAGUCUCCCCCUCCUCCUGAGAAAAAAUCUCCCCCUCCCCCCGAGAAAAAGUCCCCUCCCCCCCCUGUAAAGAAAUCUCCUCCCCCGCCCAAGAGAGAGUCCCCCCCUCCUCCCAAGAAAAAAUCUCCGCCUCCCCCUGAGAAAAAGUCCCCCCCUCCCUCUGAGAAAAAGUCUCCCCCUCCUCCCAAGAAAAAAUCUCCGCCUCCCCCUGAGAAAAAGUCCCCCCCUCCCCCCGAGAAAAAGUCUCUCCCCCCUCCCAAGAAAAAGUCCCCUCCUCCCCCCGAAAACAACCCCCCCCCGCCCCCCAAGAAAAAGUCGCCCCCUCCCCCCAAGAAAAAGUCUCCUCCCCCUCCCAAGAAGGAGUCUCCUCCCCCACCCUCUCCCUCUCCCCCUCCUCCUCCACCUCGCAAGCCAUCCAAAAAGGACCAGCUCAUCGUCAUCCUCCUUAAGGGUGCUUCGAUACUAGUGCGCAAGGCGUACACCAUUCUCCCCGGUGACAAAGCGUCUCAAAAGGGCACGCUGUGGGCCGUGGUAACCGCACUGGGUGACGCUGAGGGGCUUAUCAACGAAGGGCAGUGGGACAUGGCACAGAAGCAGGUGGAGAAUAGCGUUGUGACGCUGGAUGAAGUGAGGGAGGAGGUGAGGGAGGGAAGGUGGGGUCUGGGGGGGUGGGUGCAGCAGCAGGCGGCAGUGGGGGCGAUUUCGCUGGCACGGGUGGAAAUAGUGAAGGCGCAGGCCAUGCUCCAGUAGUGGUAACGAGAGGCAUUGAGGGGCGGAUGGGUGUAGAGAAUGGGUGCAGAGAAUGGGUGUAGAGAAUGGGUGCAGAGAAUGGGUGCAGCAUCAGGCAGCAGCGGGGGCGAUUUCGCAAGGCACAGGCGAUGCUCCAACAGUGGUAACGAGGCAUUGAGGGGAGGGUGGGUGCAACAGUAGGCAGCAGUGGGGGAUAUUUCGCUGGCUAGGGGUGAACUUCUGGAGGCUUCGGCACUGGUCCAGCUGUGAGAAGAUGAAAGUAAAAGGGCAAUGGGGAUGCCGUCUCAGGAGAGAGAAAAGUCAAGGCGCUGUCUCAGUUAAGGCGCUGCUCGAGGCAGCUAGAGGCACUCAACCGACCAGCUGGAGUGCUGCGGCAGCUGUUCCGAGGAGUGGAAUAAGGGGGCUGCCAUGGCAAUGGCAACCGACCAGUGAAAGCCACGUACCUCUGUGGUUACGCAGCCGAACCAUGCCUGUAUGCAUGCCAAAUAAUGAAUGUUCUGAUAG